AUGGAUUUCCUACGGGGCCUCCUCGGAAAGCGCGGCUCUCGAACCACCUCAUCCCAGGAGUAUGAGCGAUUAACCGAAGAUGCGGACACGUCGGGAUUGGAACCCUCGGAAGCGUUGGACCAUUACGCGGGGCGUGAGGAGGAGGUACCCUUCUCGUGGGUAGAAUAUGCGAUUUUUGGCCUCUUAGGCAUGGCGAUGCUUUGGGCAUGGAACAUGUUCUUGGCCGCGGCCGUGUACUUUCAUAAACGGUUCGAAGAAGACAAAUGGGUGGCGGACAACUUUCAAUCGGCCAUCUUGACGGUCUCGACCAUCACCAACUUGGUCGUCAUGUGGAUCCUCACAAACAUGCAGCAAAAGGCCUCGUAUCCCUUCCGGAUCAAUCUAGCGCUCCUCGUCAAUACCGUCACCUUUAGCAUGCUCGCUGCGUCGACCAUUUUCAUGGUAGGGGCAUCUCCCUCCGUGUACCUAGUGUUUGUUCUCGUCAUGGUAGCUCUCACGGCGUACGCAACUGGCCUGAUCCAGAACGGGGCCUUCGCGUUCGCGGCCAGUUUUGGAAGGUCCGAGUACAUGCAGGCCCUCAUGGCCGGCCAAGGGGUGGCAGACACCGGCUCGAGCUCCGGCACAUCCGCCUUUGUCUACUUCCUCACCGCGGUCGCCGUCUCCCUUGCUGCCCUGCUGGCCUUCAUCCCCCUGGCAAAGCGGCACAACCAGCUCGUCGAGGCUCGCCUAGGCGACCGCAUGGCCGAAUCCAUGGCCAGCGUGGAAGAGGCGGAACGGUCCGCGCGCAAGGUCAUCACACCCAAACAGCUCUUCGUCAAGCUUCACUGGCUCUCGUUGGCCAUCAUCGUUUGCUUCGCCGCGACCAUGUUCUUCCCCGUUUUCACGGCCAAGAUCCAGUCCGUGCGAGGCGACGGCGACGACAGCGACCUCUUUUACCUGGCCUUUGUGCAGCUACUCUUUGGCUUGACCAAUGGCUGGUUGGGCUCCAGUUGCAUGAUGGCCGCGGGUGAGUGGGUUGACGAGGGAGAGAGGAGGCCGCGGGCGGCUUCAUGGGGCUCUGCCUCGUCCUGGGCCUGA